AAUUCAAAAGCAGGGAGAGUGAUCUCCCUUGAAUCAUAUAUCACUGUUUCGCAAACCAUACAAGAUGGCAUCCAACGAUGUUGAUGGUCAGUGCGACAAGAACGAAGAUGAUGUGGCGGAGGGUAGAUGUAUACACAUGGAAACAUUUUCGGAAGCAACAGUUCUCAAAGACAUGUUAGAUCAAUUAAAGAAUGUAGACGAGGAUAUUCGUGCCCAGGAGGUGGCUUUACAGAAUUUUAAAGUCAUCAUUGAUAGAUAUCAAUUACAGCCAGCUGUCAUGGAUCCAUAUCUUGAGGGUUACAUUAACCAACUAAUGGGAUAUAUCAAGGACCCGAAUUCCAGUAAAGUGUUACUUUGUUUGUCGUUCAAGUAUUUGUAUCUUAUAAGCAAGAUGCGUUCUCAGAAACUGCUUGCUCGUUACCUUCCUCAUGAAGUUACAGAUCUCCCAUUUGCAUUGAAGUUACUCCAGGCGCAGGACCCUGAAGAUGGGGCUACAUGGGAGACACGUUAUAUGCUUUUACUGUGGCUCUCUAUAGCAUGCAUGAUUCCUUUUGAUCUCAAUCGUCUUGAUACAAUGACUGAUGGUACCAAGAGUGUUAUGGACCAGAUAUUAGAGCUGUCUCAGUUUUAUGUCUGUAAAUCAGACAAAUGCAAAGAUGCGGCAGUGUAUUUGCUGGCUAAAUUCAUGACUAGGGAUGAUGUGAAAAAGAAACACCUGUCUUCUUACCUGGACUGGGCAUGCAAGAUCAUGCAUUCAUCUAAAUUGGAAGAAAUGGAUGGAAAGAACCCAGUUGUUGGCAUUAUUUGGAAUUUAGCAUUGCUGCUUAAAUAUGGUAAACGAGAGGAUUUAUUGAAACAUGCUGGUUACUUACUAAAGAAUUUCUCAGCUUGUUCUCUAAGCUUCACUGGUGAUACAUUAAUGAGAAAAGCCAAGAUUAAGUUCCUUCAGAGACUAGGAUUAAUUUUCCUAAAGAGUAGAGUAGCAUCAUGGCGCUAUGCCAGAGGUUGUCGAUCAAUUGCAGUAAAUUUAGCUACUGACGUAAAAAUGUCUUCAGUUCAGCCAGCUUUUGUAGACAUACCCACUGAGAGUGAGGACAAUGAUGAGUACGAUAUACCUGAAGAGAUGGAAGAAAUAAUUGAGCAACUUCUGAAUGGACUCAAGGACAAUGACACAGUUGUACGAUGGUCAGCUGCCAAAGGGAUUGGACGCCUCACUGGACGACUGCCCAAAGAAUUGGCAGAUGAAGUUGUGGGUUCUAUUCUAGUCGUGUUUUCAAACAUGGAAGGAGAAUUUGCUUGGCACGGAGGUUGUAUGGCAUUAGCAGAACUUGGGCGACGAGGUCUUCUGCUUCCACAACGUUUACCUGAUGUGAUGUCAGUCGUGCGUGAAGCAUUGCGAUAUGAUGUGCGUCAUGGAAAGACUUCUGUAGGUGCCCCAGUGCGUGAUGCAGCCUGCUACAUCAGCUGGUCUUUUGCACGGGCAUAUGACCCAGAGGAAAUGAGGCCCUUUGUUCAGCAGCUAGCUUCUUCUCUACUGAUUGCUGCAGUCUUUGAUCGUCAGAGCUGUAUAAGGAAAGCUGCAGCAGCCGCCUUCCAGGAGAAUGUUGGUCGACAGGGGUCCUUUCCUCACGGCAUUGAUAUAGUCACUGUGGUUGACUACUACAGUGUUGGCAGUCUGCAAAACUGUUAUCUAAACCUAAGCAUUAUCCUUGCCCAAUACCCUGAAUACCGGUUUCACUUGAUUGAUCAUCUUGCAGACAUCAAGAUAAAGCAUUGGGAUGUUGCAAUUCGUAAACUGACUGCUAAAGCUUUAAAACUACUAGUACCAUUUGCACCGGAUUAUAUGGCUGAGACAGUUCUCCCAAAAGUACUGUCUCUAACACAUGUGCAUGAUCUAACAACCCAGCAAGGUGCUAUACUGGCUGUUGGUGAAGUAACCUGUGGUUUGGCUAACUAUGGAGAAAAGGAAGGUCAAAGGUCUGUUGAAGACGUAUUAGGUGAGACAACUGUUGAAUGUCUACGUACACUAGUUGAAAAAUUGGAAAAAGCACAUUCAUUUCGUGGUGUGGGUGGAGAGCAGUUGCAGCAAACAGUUGCCAAUUAUAUUCAAAAUCUUUCUCUUGCCAAGCUGCCAUUCCACAAUCUUCCAAUUAUUGAUGUAUGGCAGCAAUUUCUGUUUGAGUGCUUAUGUAAAGAUAAGCUAGAAGUCCAGACAGCAGCACUUGAAUGCUUCCCUAUUUUUGUUUUUGAAUAUUAUCAAAGUCGAGAUGGUGAAGUGCAAGCUGAAAAACGAGAUGCUCUGCUGGAACAUUGUGUUCAAGAACUAACUAGUGACAGGAAUUUCAGACGGAUGAGCCAUGCUUUGGCAUUAGGGAAGUUACCUCAUGUUCUUAUAAAAGGUAAACUGGACUACAUUUUGCCUUCAUUGUGUUCUGCAGCUGAAUUGUCAGAUAAACCAGAACUAUGGGCUGAAGCCCGCAGUGAUGCUGUGAAAGCCAUUAACAGCUUGUGCUUGACAGUAGACAUACAACAAGAUGGUCCCAGUGAUAGCUAUAUCUGCAAAGAUAACUUGAACCUCGUCUAUGAGACUUUCUUUGAAGCCAUCAAAGACUAUACGAUUGACAAGCGGCGUGGAGACAUCGGUGCCUUCGUCCGUGAAGCUGCUAUGCAAAGCUUACAUGAUCUCACCUGUAAGAUUACCGAUGUGCAACCUGCAAUGCUUAGCAAAAACAUAGUAGAGAGAACCAUAUGCUCUUUUGCACAGCAAGCUUGCGAAAAAAUUGACAGGACUCGAGCCUUAGCAUCAAAUUUAUUUCUUCAGCUUCUUCACCAUACUCCUCCAGUGCCUUACAUUCCACAGAAAGAUUUCCUUUUGGAGAUAUUUUCAAAAGACAAGAUAACUAACAUGAGGUGGCAUAUUCAAAGUGAUAGUUUUGAUCUUUUUGCAUCACUUCUCACUAUUGAGGUUUUCUCAUACCAUGUCUUACUCGGAUUUAUUCAAAGUGCUGGUGGCUUAUCCCAGUCACUGUGUGUUCACUCAACCAAAGCCCUAGACUCUUACAUGCAGUCUGAGAUCGUCAAAGACCCGAAACUGACAUUUUUCAGGAAGAAUUUAAUUGAAAUAUUCCAAACAUAUCAGAAAGUUGACAGGGUGACAUUACCUUUGUUGAAUUUGUUGGGGCAACUCUUUGAUCGCCAGGUCUUCAUCAACUAUUGCAAACAACCAGAGAAUGAAAUAUUUCUGAAAGAAUUGCUAAGUCUGACGAAAAGAGAAGUUUCCAAAUCUGUGCAGCACAAUAAACUAUCAUCCAGUAUCAAAGUGUUUUGUGGAUUGAUGCAGUUUUCUGAGUCAUUGCGGAAAGACUGUUUAAAACAGCUGGGUAUCUUCCUGUGUCACCAGUAUCCCAAGAUUCGUCUAAACACAGCCAAUGAGCUGUAUGAUACAUUGCUGCUGUAUGAUGACAUCCUGCCUGAGGAGCAUGCUGAUGACUGCAUGGGGCUUAUUGGAGAGACAAAAUGGGAUCAAUCCCGUGAGGAAAUUCGUCCAGUCAGGAACCAACUGUGGGAGAUGUUGGACAUCCCACCUCCUGUGAAAAAGACUGCAUCGCAAAGUUAAAGAACAAAGAGAAAAUGUAUUGAAAAAUCCACCAAACACUUUCUCUACAAAUCACACAAAUUUUAUCCCACCUUGCACCUUUCUACCAAAAAAAAAAGGGGGGGGAACCCUGCUUAUUUUUGUUAUGUUUUACUUGUCUUUAUAAUAUGGUGGCUUUUUGGACCAAGUGUGAAAGGAAUAAAUAAUGAAAGUAAAAGAGAGAAAGAAAGAGAUAUAGAUAUGUAACACAGAAAAGUCCAGCCUGUAUUGCCUAUGUUUAAAUUGUUAUGAUGAUUGUUUUCAUUGCUGCUGUGAGAAGCAACACAUAUUAUUUGCAUGAUAAUUUAAAGAAUUUACUACAUGGAUGACAGUUAGGGGUACUAGAUUGGCAGAAUUGGUUGCACAUUGCACAUAAUACUUUACAAUAUUUCUUUGCAGUGUGAGUUUGAAUCCUGCUGAGGUCAACUUUGCUUUUUCUGCUUCUUGGUUUUGGAGUAUAUCUAUAAAAUCUAUAAAAUAAGUACUUGUCAAUUCUUGGGCCUUAAUGUAACUGACCUCGCCUUCCCCUGCCCUUCCCAUAUACACCUCUCACUCCAUACCAAAAUGUUUUACUUUGUGCUUCCUACGUUAUAUUUUCUUCACUAACCUCUAAAAAAGAUGUAUGGGGAGGGGAGUGGUUUGUGUGAGAUGACAUAGUUUCAAUUCCCUGGGUGGUUUGACAUAGUUUUAUUUUGCUUGUGCUGCUAAUUUUAUUUAUUAGAACAACUGGUGGCUCAUUUAUGAAGAGCUUGUAUUUAUUUGUAUAUUCACAUUGCUGCCGGUAGCUAAGUCAAUUAAUUAGUUAAUUCCAUUCAUUACCUUUAUCUGUAGGAGGCUUUCUUUUAACUGCAGAUGUUUGCUCCACAUAGGGUACAAAGAUCUAAUGCUUGCAGUUUUAUAUAGAUAUGUAUGUGUGUGUAGUUUUCAUAACGAAAAUACUACAAUGGAUAGAUGUUUACCAACUUUACCUACCAUAUGUCUCUGAUGAUCUUGGGAAAGAAAACUAUCUACAUUAACCAAACUUCUUUGUCAAAUGUAAUAAUGCUUAUUUACAUUGUUUUGAAUUAAUCGCACACUAUUUUGUAGCUUCGAUAUUUCAAGGGUGUGUUUUUGUAUAUUUUUAGAAUGAUAUCAUAGGGUAAGUGUGGGAGGUUGUAUCUGGUCAAAUUUAACAUAAAACAAAUUGACUAUUUAGGCUGGAUAUAGCUGGAUUAGAUGCUAAAGGGUUAAAUAAUCUUGUUUAUAAAUUUCUGACUAAUAAUUAACAUCACCCCCACCAUUGUUACGAGAUAAUUCCCUUUAUUACUCAUGCUUCAUAUUCUCUUGAGAAAGGCAUGAAUGUUACACAGUCUCCUCCUACACGCUAAAUUUGAAAUGUUAUUAUUUUGUUUGAUGCAUUGUUUGUUACUUUUUUCUAUUUAGCAGCAUUUUGCUUGUCUUUAUAUUCCAAUUCAAAUUCUGCCAAGGGUCAAUGAAAUAGGUACCAGUCAAGUACUGGGGUUGAUGUAAUUGACUAGCCCACUUCCUCAAAAUUUCAGGCCUUGUGCCUAUUGUAGAAAUUAUUAUUAUUAUUAUUAUUAAGGCAGAAUUAUUAGUACACUGGGUGAAAUGCUUUGUAGCAUUGCAUCCGUCCUUACAUUCUGAGUUCAAAUUCUGCCAGGGUUGACUUUACCAUUCAUCCCUUUUGGAGGUUGAUAAAACAAGUACCAAUUGAACACUGGGGUCAAUAUAAUCAACUUAGCCCCUCCUACUAAAACUGCUGGCCUUGUGUCAAAAUUUGAAACCAUUAUUAUUAUUAUUAUUAUUAUUAUUAUUAUUAUUAUUAUUAUUAUUAUUAUUAUUAUUAUUAUUAUUAUUAUUAUUAUUAUUAUUAUUAUUAUUAUUAUUAUUAAGGCAGCAAACUGGCUGAACCAUUAGCAUGUUGGACAAAAUGCUUUGCAACAUUUCUUCUGGUUUUACAUUCUGAGUUCAAAUUCCACCAAAGGUCAACUUUGCCUUUCAUCCUUUCGUUGUUGAUAAAAUAACUGCCAAUUGAGCACUGGGGUCAAUGUAAUUGACUCAACCUGUCCCCUCAACUUUUCAGUCAUUAUGCCCAUGCUAGUACGCAAUGUGAAGUGCUUGGCAUUAGGAAAAGCAUCCAGCUGUAAAAACCAAGCCAAAGCAGAUAUUAGUGCUUGGUACAAACUUCUGGCUUAUUGGCUCCUGUCAAAUAACACAGCUCAUGCCAACAUGGGAAGCAGAUUAAAUGAUAAUGAUGACACCAAAAGAAUGACAGGCAGAAUUUGAACUCAAAAUGUGGAGAGCUGAAACAAACAUUGCAAGUUAUUGUUUUUCCAACACUCUAAUAACUCUACCAAUCCAACAUCCUUUGCAUUGAACGAUAAUAAUAAUCCUUUCUACUAUAGGCAGAAGGCUUGAAAUUUUGAUUGAGCGAGUAAGUCAAUUACAUCAACCCCAGAGCUCAACUGGUACUUAAUUUAUGAAUCCCAAAAAGAUGAAAGGCAAUGUUGACCUCAGCAGAAUUUGAACUCAGAAAAUAAAGACUGACAAAAUACUGCCAAGCAUUUUGCUUGGUAUACCAACAAUUCUGCCAGCUCACUGCCUUAGUAAUAAUAAUAAUAAAGAAGGUAAAUUGGUAAAAGUAAUUUGAUACUGGACUAUUAAAUACCUGACAGAGCUCACUAAUGUUGAACACUGUCUUUCCAGAAUCAAUGAAGCAGCUACCGGUAAUAUACUGGGAUUGUUUCAGUCCCAUAUAUUUCCAAAUCUCCCCCACUACCCACUCUCUGCUCUGAACUGAAAGUAAAAUUGGGGGUAUCAUAAAUCAACUGAUCUGUUGGUUGACUGCUGUAUGAACCGUAUAUAUUUUGACUCACAUCAGGGAUCAGAAUUCUCAGUGCCCAAAUACGAAGCUAAAUAGGUAUUAGUGUGGCAUGCAACUACUUCUGCUAAUUAAAAAUAAUAAAAAUUUUGAACUUGA